AAAAUUUUAAACGUCAAAGAAAAAAUUUUAUUUAAUCCAAAUCUCAACAUUAUGAUCAUUUUAAAACAUUUAGACAACGAAAAACUACUAAUAUCAACCUCUAAAAGUCUUCUAUUAUACGAUAUCUCAAAAGAUACAUCCUCCGAUAUAGAAUUACCACAAUUAAGUGUUAUUCAAAAGGGAAAUCAUGAAACUAACAUAAUAUCUUCAAUUGCAACAUCGAAAUGUGGAAAUUAUUUUGCUUUACUCCGUAAUAAACAAGUAAUAAUAUAUGAUAAAAAAUUAAAUGUUAUAAAAGAGAUUUCACUAAAACGUGCGGCACAUUCAAUUAUGCUAUUUGGUGGUUACAAUUUGUUGGUUGCUGAUAAAACUGGGGAUGUUUAUUUGUAUAAAAGUGAAAAUGAAGGUGGAGAUAAAGAUGGGAUUCUCUUAUUUGGUCAUUUAAGUAUGUUGUUAGAUGUAGUGUUAAGUGACAAUGAGAAAUUUUUAAUAACAUGUGACCGAGAUGAGAAAAUCCGAGUUUCGCAUUAUCCUAAUACAUAUAAUAUUGAAAAAUUUUGUUUGGGACAUAAAGAAUUUGUAACUAAAUUAGUUUUGUUAGAGAAUUCUUUUUUGUUAUCAGCUUCAGGAGAUGGUCAAAUAAUUCUUUGGGAUUACUUAAAAGGAGUUAAUUUACAUAAAAUUGACACAAGCGAUUAUGUAAAAGAUAAAUCAGUUUUAAAUAAUUUUAUAGAGACCAUGAAACACAAUAAAACGGAUGUGAUGUGUUUACCAAUUGUAGAUAUUCAAGUCCAAAAAAUCGAAAAUGUUUAUUACAUAGUUGUUCAAAUUUAUAAAUUAAAAUCGCUUUUAAUUUUUUCAAUUGAUGCGUUUGAUAAUUUUGAAUCUAGAUUUAUUGAUGAACUUAGCUUCAAAUCGGAAAUUCAAACGUUUUCUUUAAGAACACAUUUAUUCGUCGCAACAAAAGAAGAUAUCAAAACUUUUUGUGUUUUAGAUAAUAAAUAUGUUGAAGUGAAAAAAGUUUUCUUUGAGAAUUUUAAAAUUUCAAUUGAAGGCGAUGAUAAUUGCGAUAUAAUAACUUUGUUUAAGAGAAAAUUUGAUAAUGUUGAGGAGUAUUUAGAAAGAAAACGACAAAGAAUUGAAACAAAAUGUAAUUAAUAAAAAAUUACUUUUUUAUAUACUGAAAUAAAAAAUUAUAAAUUAAAA